AAGCGGUCGCACCAAGCGAUGACGCAAGCGGACGAAGGGACAUUGCCAUCAACGGCGGGGGUGAUUGAGAAGAUUGUGCUCAAAAAUUUCAUGUGCCAUGACCACCUUGAGGUGGCCCUUGGGCCGCAGUUGAAUUUCAUUAUUGGGAAUAACGGGAGCGGUAAGUCGGCGAUUUUGACGGGGCUCUCAGUGGGGCUCGGCUCGAAGGCGUCCAACACCAACAGAGGGAAGUCCUUGCAGAAUUUAAUCAAGCGUGGGCGCACAACCUCGCGUGUUACCAUCACGCUUGCUAACGUGGGCCACGAGGCGUACAUGCCGGAGCUUUACGGGAACAAGGUGACGGUAGAGCGGGUUUUGAAGAAGGAAGGCGUCGCUGGGUACUUUCUCAAGGCGGAAAACGGCAAAACUGUAUCAACUAAAAAGGCUGACCUUGACAACAUGCUCCACAAGUACGGCAUAGCCAUCGAUAAUCCCAUGGCGUUUUUAUCGCAGGAUAACGCGCGUGGCUUUAUCACCUCAUCGUCGGACGCGCAAAAGUACAAGUUCUACGAGAUUGGCUCACGUAUUUUUCAGAACAAGAUGGAUUUGGUCGAGACUGGCAGCAACAACCGUGAGAUGUUCUCCAAGGUGGCGACACUUGCCGCGGCGGUCGAAGAUGCCGAAAAGAAGCGGUCGAAGGCCAGAAAGACGUACGAGCAGUUCAAGGAGGGUAAAAACUUGAAGAAAGAGCGGCUUCUCGUAGAGGCAAAGAUGCGCUGGGCCGAGGUGGCCAAGUUCCGCGAAAAACGCGCGGAGAUUCUCCAGAAGGACACAGAUUUGGACGAAGACAUCACCCACAUUGACCAGCAGACGGCGCAGCUUGACCAGCAGCUUGCUGAGUUCGACACCAACAAGGAAGCCGCCGCCCAGGCCGCCCAGACCGCCGAAGAAGCGGAGGUACUGUUCCGCAGUCAGUGCGAGGGAGUCAGGGAGCAGACCGCCGAAGCGAAGACGGAGCUCAUCAAGAUCCAGGACACUAUCAAAGAUGCGGAGAGUAACACGAAAGCGCUCGCACAGGAGAUCGCAAAGCAGGAGCGCUUGCUUAAAGUAGAACAGAAACGGAUCGAUGCCAUCAACGGAGGCUCGCUAGAGGAAAUGCAGCGGCGGUUAGAUGCGGCCGAGUCCGAGCUUCGUGAGGUUACGGAUGCGGGUCGCGCUGCGCAGGAGCAGUUGAAUGAGAUUGACGAAACGCAAUCCGCGGCUGUGCGUGCGAAGGGCGAUGCAAAGAAGAAGGCUGAGGAGGAAAUCGGCCGUCUCAAGGAAACCAAGAGACAUAUGCUCUCGACACAGACGGAUCCGCUCAACGCGUUUGGGCCAAAAAUUCACCAGGUGAUGCGCGCGAUCCGCGACACGCGCUUUCGGAACAAGCCCAUCGGGCCGCUUGGUCUCCACGUGAGCGUAAAGGACGAGUACAAGGACUUCUCAGACAUCUUUAGUACGGUGCUCACUAAGACGCUCGAGUCCUUCUUAGUGACGAACUCGGAUGACGAGAAGACGUUGAAUGCGAUCUUGCGCCGGCACAACAUGCGGAGCGGGGUCAUUGUGAGACGCGACGACCGGUUUGACUACCUGAGCGGGAUGGCGCGCAGCCACAGGACCUUUGUGGAUGCGCUCGAUUUUGAUAAUGAGUAUGUGAAGCUCACAAUGAUCGAUCUCAAUAACAUCGAGAAGUUUGUCAUCUCCAAAGACCGCGAUCGUGCCAAGGAAAUUCUCCAAGGCCCCGACCGUAACGUCAUGUCUGUGUUUUCCUUGUUCAAUCACCAUUCGGGACAAAGAUCUUCUAUCAACGACACCGGCGCGUUUAGAAUCGAUCCGGUGCACUACCUGAGUGAGUUCAAGAUGAACCGCAGCGCCGGGCUCUCACUAUCGGCGGUGAAGAGGCUCGAACUGGAGAUUACUGCGGCGGUAGAGGCCGCUAAGACCGCGAACGACGAUUACGAGCGCCUCACGAACCAGAUCCGCCACGAGAAGGAGAUUCUCGCCAGUAAGGACCGCGACAGUCGCAAGCGGCAGAAGCCGUUGAAGGAGCGGAUCUACGAGUUGAAGAACAAGUUGAGCGAAAACGCUGAUAUGGCCGCGAUUGAGAGUUUGACAGAGAGUAUCCAGGACUUGCAGAACCAAACCACCAUCCAGCGCACAGACUUGGCCGACUUGCAGGGCGAACUUGCCAAAGCCCAGGCCAGCUACCAAGCCCUUGGCGAGUCCUUGAAGCAAUCCCAAAGCCAGUUGUUGCGGCUCCGGGCGGAGUCCGACAGUAAGCGACUGGAUUUGGCGGAGUUUGACCAGAUGAAGGCGCUGAUUCUCGGCCAGCGCGCGCACUACGAAAAGUCCAAGCAGAAGCGUGUCGACAAGAAAGCGCAGUACCAGGAGUUUGUCGUGCGAUUGGCAGAAGAGAUUGUGACACUCGAGGCGGUGGCGCGCGAGACGAUGCCUGCGGAACAGUGUCCGUUGAUGACCGGUGACACGGAGCAGACCUUGGGCGCACGGUUGAACCAGAUUAUCCAGGUAAUCGAGAGCCUUGAGAACAGGCUUGGGGGUUCGUUUGAGGCCGCCCAGCAGCGUUUGACCGAGUGUGAGGCACGGUAUGAGAACUUGAAGACGUCUUUUGACGAUUUCCACUCGAUCCACAAGCGCGUGGACGAUGACGUGAUGUUUAGAACGCUUGACUUGAAGGAAACUAUUGAGAAUUGGACAAACACCAUCAACCAGUCGUUCAAGUUGUCGCUCCACCAGAGAGGGUUCGACGGGGAGCUUGUGUUUGACCACAAGAAGCAGUUGUUGCAAAUGCACGUGUCGAAGGACGGGUCGUCAAACUUCAGAGCGGUCGAUUCACUCUCCGGUGGGGAAAAGUCCUUCACCCAGAUUGCUCUUUUGUUGGCCAUCUGGCAGCCGAUGAGGGCCAAGAUCCGGGGGUUGGAUGAAUUUGACGUGUUUAUGGACUCUGUCAAUAGAAAAAUGGCGAUGAAGAUGAUGUUGCUGACGUUGCGGAAGCAGCAAAAGUCCCAGACUAUCUUUAUCACCCCACAAGACAUUGCCGACGUGGAGGGGAUUAACGGUCCUGAUGUGCAUAUCCAUCGGAUUGCCGACCCAAAGAGGGUGAACAACUCGGAGAAUCAUUAAGCGAGAUAAUUGAUAGUAGAAUAAUGGGAAAUGAUUUAAGGGAACCCUAUGAACGAGGUAAAUGGCUUGGUGGUAAGUUUAGGACUAUUCGCCAAUAAGCCAAUGUUCAACCAUGUAUUGGGCUUUCAUGUCUCUAAUUAAAAAUUCAAUAAGGCUGAUAUAUGUUGGGGC